AUUUUGUCCCAGGAAUCAAUCAAAUGGAUCCAGAAGACCCAAGAUUCCACGCUGCGGACAGCAUUGAAUGCUCUCUCCUGAUUCGCCAAUGCUGUCAGCCAAGGUCGCAUCGUUGGAACCAACCGCAAGCCCCAAGACCACGCUAACACUCAUCGAGCCUAGCUUUAGACACAAGCUCAGAGAGUAAAAUGACUGGUUGGGGGCAGUUUAAACCAGUCGCAGGAUAGCAUAACAUAACACUCAUUGGUUGUUAUUAGGGUGGGGGGAAGGGGGGGGAGGGGAAGGAAGGGGGAAGGGCAUUUAAACUGCAAGCACGCUAUCUGCAACUUUGGGCGAAGAAAGCGCCUGUCAACACUUGCCUUCUCGUCCUGUUCCUUCUUCGCCUCCUUCCUCCCCCCCCCUUGUUUGUCAGUCAAGUCUCUCUCCUUUUUCUCUCAUUUGUCGUCUCUCUUCUCUCUCUCUUUUUUGUUCUCUUUUUUCUUGUUUCUCUCCCCCCCUUCUCUGUUCUCUCUCCUCCUUUCUCUCUCCUCCUCUCCCUUUCUUUCCUCCUCCUCCUCCUCCUCCUCCCCCACGGCGAUCGCUUCACCACCAGCCCUUAACUUUUCUUGACACUCUUUAAACACAAAAGGUCUUAGAUUCGUGUAAUCUAUCUCCUUUUUUAUUUAUUUAUUUUAUAUAUAUAUAUAAUUUUUUUACAACCCUAUUUAUUAUUUAUUUCUUUUACGGAUUCGGUACGUACUAUACUAUCCUCCUAUCGGGUCAACUCUUUCGAAUCCCCACCAACUUCCGUCAGUCAGUCACCAUGCGAUCCAUCAUCUACCUCGCAGUCACCGCCUUUGCUGCCGUUGUGGCCGCCCAGAGCAAUGGUAAUCCUUUCAACGUCCCUAGUGACGGCUACCAAUUCGUCGCUGGCAAGCCGACCACGGUCACCUGGGACCCUACCAACUCCGGCACCGUCUCCCUGAGGCUCCAGAUGGGCGCCAAUGUCACUCCCCAAGAUGGUAUUCCCCUUGGCGAAAACCUCCCCAACUCAGGCAGCUUCGAAUUCACCCCCCCCGCCGACAUCCCCACCGCCUCUACCUACUACCUCCAAAUCAUGGACGAUGAUCAUCCCGAAAACACCAACUACAGCCCCAUGUUCUCCAUCGGCGGAACCACCGGCACUGGCACUGCCCUGACCCCAAUCAGCACAACUGCCACUGAAAUCCGCACCACAGACACCUCCGACUCCUCCAGCGCCACGACCACCACCGCCACGACGGACUCGGCCAGCACCACCAUGACCACCUCCGCCUCCACCACCACCAGCAGCUCCAGCAGCUCAUCCGCCUCCUCCUCAUCCACCCCGUCGCCGACCGGCGAUGCCACCAACGCCCCAGACCCGAACAGCGCCAUGUCCAUCGCCCGCCCUGGCUUUAUGCUCUCUGCUGUCCUGGCGCUGAUGUCUUUCCUGUAAACUAUCUUUCUUUUCUUUCCUUUUUCUUUCUUAAUAGUUACAAACCCUUUUAUUUAUUAAAAUUUAAAUUCAACUAUUCCCCCCCCCCCCCCCAUAUUCCCAUAUCAUUUGACGGAGUGGGUGAGAGGCGAGGGGUUUUCCACCGUCUCAAUCCACUUUCCAAAUGCCAUUACAAUUCCUUCGAUUCAAUUCCAUAUUCCAUGGCGGUUCUCCUUUUUUUCUCAGCAUGAACGCAUCUGUGACUUUUGAAAGUGUUGUGUCUAUUACAUUAAUCAUCCAGUAUUCUUGUUUCGUCAGUAGUCCUCUCAAUAAUAUUUUCAUUCGCCUUCUGCAUCGCUGCUUGCAUUUUCAAUUGUGAAGUGUUUAUAUAAAUUUAAAAAUCUUU